UUUGAUUCGUGUCAGAGUGCGAAACGACCGGUUACCGGUUCUGUGCGCGAUACGAUGAAUGUUACAUUAUCGCAAUAUCGAGCAAUAUCAGAGAGUUGAACGAAUAGAUGAUAAAACAUUUCGUUGUGACGCAAUUCGUCCUACGCUAAUCCUCGAACGAUAUACGUCAUUCGUCUUUAUUGUAUUAUAUUUAUUAUACCAUAUUUUGCUCAAGAUCUGAAGACGUACUAUCGACAUGGAGGAGAGGUUGUUGCAAAUUCUCGAAGAUGUUGGGUAUACGGGAGUAAUGCUCGACGUCAACAAGCUAUCGCAAGCUCUGAAACUUGGUGCAAAAUCGCCAGACUUUACUAGUCUUGUAGGUUGGUUUGCCGAGCAACUGGCAACAUUUAUCGACAUAGAUGAGACUGUUCACACUACAACAAGUGCAGACGAUGCUAGUUCCUUUCUCUUAGAAUUAAGUUUCUUUCUUAAGGAAAUAGGAUGUGUAAAUGAGAAACUAAUGACUGGACAUGUAAAUCAAAGACUGUCUAAUGAAUCUGAAAGAGCUAUCCUGAUAGAAUUCUUGGCUGCAGAACUUAUGGCUUGCAAAUUAUUGGAAGUGAAAUGUCCUAAAGAGGAAAAACAGAUGGAAGUUACUAUUGAUGAGAGUGAUACUGCAAGAAGCUUGAAAAAUAUUCUAGUAACAUUAAAGUUUCAAAAACCACCAGACAAUAUUUCGCCUGAAUUUUUAUUCUCGAAGCUAGAAACUAAAUUAUCAGAAACACUAAAGACUGUGUCGACUGAUCAUUUAGGAAAACCACUUAUAGAUGUAGAGCUUUCUGCUAAACAAUGGGAAGAAUUGAAUAAAUUGCAAGAAGCAAUGCACAAAGAGUAUACAAUUCGCCGUGAUAUGUUACUUAAACGUCUUGAUGUCACAGUUCAAUCAUUCUUGUGGUCAGACAAAAUAAAGCUACAGGAACAUGAGGUAAAUACUAGAUAUGAGGACAAAAGAAUGACUUUGAAAAAUGAGCCAAAGGUAACAAUGGCCGAUCUACUGGCAGCAAGAGAUGAUCUAGCUGUGAUCGAGAAGACGAGUAAUGCGAGUGUUCGCAAGAACACACGGAGCAAAAUUAAUAGCGUCAUUAUUGGAGCGGUGCCUGACAGAGGAGGCAGACCAUAUGAACAAGAACCUCCUCCACCAGAGAUGCCACCAUGGCAAAAGGAUAGAGUCCAAGGACCACAAUCGUUUCAGGGCGGAAGAGGAGGAGGAAGUGGAGAUAGAGGUGGCAGAGGAGGAGGUGGCAGAGGAGGAGGAAGAGGAGGAGGAGGAGGAGGAAAUGCUGGUAGUGGAGGCUACCGUGAUCAUAAAGACACCAGUAGCAAUUUCGGUCAAAACUUGGAUUAUCAGCAGUCUCAAUACUCUGGACAAGGUCAUAGAGAAUGUUAUCCAGAUCAUAGAGAUACAGGAGGAUAUCAAAGAGGUAGCAGUGGUAGAGGAGGCGGAAAUUAUCGAGGAGAUUCCAGUGGGAAUUAUAGUCAAAAUUACGGUCAAAAUUAUAAUCAAACUUAUAAUCAAAGUUAUGGCCAAAACUAUCAACAACCGCAAUAUUCUGGCCAAAGAGAUUCUUAUGGAAAUGAUAAUCGAAGUAGUGGAAAUUAUUAUCAAGACAGGAGAGAAAGUGGAGGAAGGGAGGGGAGUGGAAGAGGAGGCAGAGUUCAAGGUGGAUGGAAUCAAGGUGGUAAUAAUUCCGGCAUGAAUAAUUAUCAACGUGGCGGCUACAAUAGAGGCAGAGGUCGACAAUAUUAAAUUUUAUAUAAUGUUGAUCGUAACAAAGGCUUAUAUCACAACAAGCUAUGGAUAUUAAAAUAAUCAAGCAAAAAUAUUAAUAAUUAUUAUUCACGCUUAUGCUUAUAACUCGAAGUAUAACACAAGUGUGUU